GAGAAAAAAAACUGGACGGAACAAAACUAGAAGUUUCAUGCUCCAAUCUGACUAACUUUCUAAUACGAUCUACGUCACAGACUCACAGAGUGAGUCCACGCGUAUGUCUUGCGGCUCGCCUCGAAUGACAGCUCGAUCCCAAACAGUGCGAAGUGAGCGAACUGCGAAAUAGCUCGUGCCGGUAGAUUACAAUUUUUGUCUGUAAAAGAAAAUUUUUUAAUAUGAAUGUAGUAUUAUACCUAAUUCACAUGUUGCUUUUAUGUUGAAUGACUUGUAUAUUACUAAUAAUUCAUAAUCUAAUUACGUUUAAAUUAAUGUGUGUGCCAAGUAUAUAACAAUGAACGAUCAAGAACUGUUUGACCGCCAAAUGUCGAUUGUUUUACAAGAACAAUCAGUCAUUAGCACAGAAAUUAAAUUUAGUAAAGAAGAUCACAUAGAAGAGGCGACCGAAAAUGUUAACUUUAAUUUAAAUGACAAUGAAAAGCAAAUGUUGAUGUCCACAGAAGUGAAUCUCGAUGAAGAGAAGGUUAGAUUCGAUUCGUCAAUACCGGAAUUUUCAAACAAUGAUACGGUCCUCGCAGAUGAAACAAAUAAUGACAAAAUAUCAAAUGAUACACAGGACUCUCUGAUUGAGUCACAAAAUCAACAGAAUGAAAUUUUGACAUACGAUUGGACCACACCAAAACUUAUAUGCAAGGCUAGCAAAGAAUUUGCAUCAACUGACAACUAUGAAAAUUUCACAAAAGGAUGUCAAUGGGCUCCUGAUGGUACCUGUGUUUUAGUUCCAUCAGAAGACUACAGAUUUAGAUUAUUUGAUUUGCCUAAAGAAUUGUAUAAUGGUACAUUACCAGAAAAUUUUGAAAUUUCAGAUUUCAAAUCUAGUCUUAGUAUUAAAGAAGGUGGGACAAUAUAUGAUUUUUGUUGGUUUCCUCAUAUGAGUUCUUGGGAACCUUCUACAUGUUGUUUUCUAAGUACUAGCCAAGGUAGUCCAGUACAUCUUUGGGAUGCCUUUACUGGACAUCUUAGAGCCUCUUAUAGGGCUUACAAUCAAGUUGAUGAAGUUGAGGCUGCUAUUAGCAUUCAAUUCACAAAUAGUGGUAAUCAAAUUUGGACUGGCUUUAAAAAUGCGCUCAGGACAUUUGAUACCAAUAAUCCUGGGCGACAAACAAGUACAAUAUACUUAAAAAAAGAUUUUCCUAACAUGUCUGGAAUGGUUUCAUGUAUAAGAGAAAAUCCAUCAAUGGCUGGGCUCAUUGGUUUUGGUACUUACUCUAAAAAUAUAGGUUUGUACAAAGAUGGGCCUCUUUGUUCUUUCAAAACAAGUAGUGGAGUUACCCAGAUUGAAUUUAGUCCAUGUGGAACUAAACUUUAUUCAGCUGUUAGACGUAGUGGAGAAUUUUUAUGUUGGGAUUUGCGAAAUCCUGGUUCUGUGUUAUAUUCCUUGAAAAAUAGACAAUCAGACACAAAUCAACGAAUACAGUUUUCUUUAUCAUUUAGUGGUAAUGAAAUAGUUUCAGGGGGAACAGAUGGGGCUUUAAAAAUAUGGAAAAUUCCAUAUGACGUUGAAGAAGAAUUAGAAUUAGAUCCAGCUUACAAACUUCAAAUGACUAAAGAUUGUAUUAAUGGAGUACAAUUACACAAAAGUUUACCAUUAGUGGCAGUGGCUACAGGUACUAGAAUUUGUGAUAAAGAACUUGAUAAAUUUCGCGAUAAUGGUUUACGUUUUUAUUGGCUAGAUAGUAGGUAAUAAAAUUGUAACAAAUUAUUUUUAUUGUAAAUUUAUUGUACUUAUAAAAAUAGUUUCAAAACAAGUAUUUCUUACAACUUCUAAUCAUAUAUUUUAUAAAAUAUCGAUUUAUACCAUAAAUUAUGCAAUAUAUCAAAAACUGUAAAAUUAUUAAAAUUUCCAACCUAAUUGUUAAAGAUCAUGACAUCAACUUUUUAGGGUUCUUACAAUUGAUUCAAAUUAUAUCAUAAUAUAAUUCUUGUGGCACCAAUUUUUUUUUUUUUUUUUCAUUGUGACAAA